ACAGACAUCUAAUCGUGGCCUGCAACGUAGUUGGCUUGAUGCUGAUAGGUAAACUGUAGAUGGGCAGUCCGCGGCAGUCCUCAGAGAAGCUAUAGCUGACCACAGUUGACGCUUAGCCAUGCAUGUGGACAGUCAGGGUAACAACCAUGGUAGGUAGAAGAUAUAGUCAGGGACACUGAACAUGUUAUGUUUUUGAGUAAGUAGAUGUGUAAGGUUCAAAGUGGAUUGCUUACCCUCAAGACGUGCUUGGGAAUAUCGUGGGGCUUCGCUGUCGCGGUCUUUGCCAGCCAUUGGAGUCUUGUUCCAUAGGCUAUCCUGAUUGCAACCACAUUUCACGUUUCUUUUUGUAAUACAAAGAUUGGGACUAUAUGAUGAAGUUUAAGCCCAACCAGACAAGGACUUAUGACGGCGAGGGGUUCAAGAGACGAGCGGCGUGUUUAUGUUUCAAGAACGAAAAAGAGGACGAGGUGCUGCUGGUGAGCAGCAGUCGCCACCCAGACCAGUGGAUCGUACCGGGAGGGGGUAUGGAGCCGGAGGAGGAGCCGUGCGGCGCUGCUGUCAGAGAGGUGUACGAAGAGGCUGGCGUGAAGGGCAAGCUUGGCAGGCUCCUGGGAGUGUUUGAGCACAACCAGGACAGGAAGCACAGGACGUACGUCUAUGUCCUGACCGUGACCGAGACUCUGGAGGACUGGGAGGACUCGCUCAAAAUCGGUCGAAAACGGAAGUGGUUCAAGAUUGACGAGGCCAUCCGGGUGUUGCAGGGUCACAAGCCGGUCCACGCAGAGUACCUACGGCGCCUCACCUCCACCUGUAACCCCCCCUGCAGCCCCACCAACGGCAACACCCUGGUCCCCCCCGUGGCAGACGACAACUCCCCCCACUACGUCACCACCACACAGGGGUCUGGCCUGGUCACCAGAUAGGAGGAGCCACACCAUGACAGGAACCAGCGUCCAACGCCAUGAACCAGAUGGACAAGGUGGACUCCAGAAAGUGCUUCCUAACCAUGGACAUGUGCAUGCCUUACAAUAUUCUCAUCGUUGACUCUUAAUAGUUGUACAGAACUUUCUAAAGAGGUAUUAAGAACCCUGUUCACCAUGAGUUUGGAGUGUGCCAAGAUGUGUUGAAGUGAUUUUGGGGAUUUUUUUUUUUUUUUUUAUAUAGCCACCACCAACCAAUGGAUAGAUGCGUUAUGGACCUCAAACCGCUUUCACGUUUAUCCUUGCAUUUUUAUUACAAAUGUUGGUGCUUGAACAUUUUUGUUGGUUAAGACAUUUUUACAGGCCAGCAGAGGGUACUAUUGGUCACACAAUUCUAAGAAACUGUAUAAAUGCAAAACAUGUCCUCUAUCUAAAAAUCACCUAGUGAUAAAUGAAUCAAAUCAACCUUCCCCAGGGAAAUCUCAUGUUAUUGUAAGAUCACUGGUUUGGGUAGAACAGGAACAAGAGAUGCCAAGUGAGCUUCUAAAGCGUGCAGGUGUGUGAUGCAGCAAGAAAACACUUAAUUGAGAGAAUGUCAGGUUUGAGAUCAACAAUUAAUCAAAUAAACCAGGCUAGGCGUAUCAUACAUGAUCAAAAGUCCUUGCAUAAUGUAAAGCCUGAGGAUCAUUUUAACAAGCAUUUUUCUCAAGUAAAUCAGAAAUGGUUUUAUAAGUUAUAUGGGCUUGUAUAUUUGUCCAAGAGGGUAGUUCUGAGCCCUGGGAUGGAAGGGGAUCCUGAAAAGUGCCUUUACAUCUAUAGUAAGAAAGGGUGCUGACACAUGUGGGUGUGAAUACUAUGCCAAAACAAUACUUUUGUUUUGCCUUACACAAAACUUUUUUCUUUUUCGGGCUGUAUAGAAGCGUUGCCCAGACACAGACAAGAUCUAAGGAUCUUCAGGUCUUAUGAUGGUUUUUAAUAGAAUCUCAAUAAAAAAAAAAAUCUAGGCUGGAAUCUCCUUUUGAUAUUUCAAGGGAGAAGGGUGAUUUGAACAAUAUGUAAAGUUUACAGUCAGAAACAUAAUGAGCUAUGAGACUAGAGCGUGCUAAUCAUUGACGUGUACAGUAUUUUUCAAAUGUCUUUAUUUAUUUUAAUGUUACGAUCUAGAAUAAUACUCUAAAACUAAUAUGAGAGAGGUUGGACAUGACUACCUAGUAUGUGUCUGGUACAAACUUCUGUUUGUGGUCAAGAUUGGUUAACUGGAAUGCCUAUACUAUUAUUAUUUACACUGUCAGUCACAGUGAGAGUGGGAUGUAAAACAAAUGGGAGGGAUAUUGUUCUCUACAGCUUCACUCUUAAUCAAAAUAAAGAUACUGUAUUUCAAUAUAAA